CAUGAGGCGGCUCAGUAUCCGGUUCUGUCGACUCAACUUCCUCCGAAAACAACACCACGUGUGGCGAUUGAAUGGGUCGCUGUCAGUGCGAUCCACAUGCAUCGUUAGGAGCAGAAUUUGCCGUUUACGGACCGCAGUUUGUGUUCGUUUGAGAUCCAGAAGCCAACACACGUCACUUACAGAGAAGGUAGGCCGAGAGUCGCCAACGGUUCUGUUAACUGCGAGGCGUAACGGCUGCGGCUAGCUAAGGGUGGUCACCAUGAGCUUUGUGGAGUACUCGGACUUCAUUCAGGACGGGGACGUUGCCAUCGUCUACCUGAGCCACGACUCCAUGAUGCCAGUCAAGGUGCAGCAGGGCGCCCAGACGCAGACGCGCUACGGAGUCAUUCGCCAUUCCUCAGACCUGAUCGGUAAGCGUUACGGGUCGAAGGUCACCUGCAGCAAAGGUGGAUGGGUCCAUGUGCUUCACCCCACGCCGGAGCUGUGGACGGUCAGCCUGCCACACCGCACCCAGAUCCUCUACACCACCGACAUCGCCACCAUCACCAUGAUGCUGGAGCUGAAGCCGGGAUCCGUCGUCUGCGAGUCAGGGACGGGCAGCGGCUCCCUUUCCCACGCCAUCCUGCGAACCAUCGCCCCCACGGGUCACCUGCACACGGUGGAGUUCCACCAGCAGCGGGCGGAGAAGGUGGUGGAGGAGUUCAGGGAGCACCGCGUGGAUCAUCUGGUCACCGUCAGGAACCAGGACGUGUGCAAAGACGGGUUCGGGGUGGCCGGGGUGGCAGACGCCGUCUUCCUGGACAUCCCCUGCCCCUGGGAGGCAGUGAGACACGCCAAGGCUGCCAUGAAGAAACAAGGAGGUCGAGUGUGUUCGUUCUCUCCAUGCAUAGAGCAGGUUCAGAGGACGUGUGAGGCCUUGGCAGAUGAGGGCUUCGAGGAGAUCAGCACCCUGGAGGUCCUGCUCAGAGUCCACGAUGUGCGGACCGUCUCCCUGCCGCUGCCCGACUUUGGCCCGGACCCCUCGGCUAAGACUCAGCCCGAUGGCUUAGAGAAAACACCCUCCACCUCGGCUCCAAACCAGACCGCCGUCACCCUGAAGACCACCACCCCUCCCAGAGAAAUACCAGGUCACACAGGGUACCUCACCUUCGCUACCAAACCAAGAACCUAAACCUCUCAGUGAUUUUUCUCCACUUUUCACUGCCAGUAAAAGGCUUUAUAAUGGCUCCAGUGUGUUUUCCAUGUACAUUAAUAGGACUGUGAUAAUCCAGCAGGGUACCAGGGUCCUCCUGGUCCUCCACGUCCCGGCUGGCACUGGAGCACCGACAGGAUUUACGGUGGUGUGUUACAUAAUGUUCAGCUCCUGUCACUUGGCACCAGUUGGUUGCUUGCAUCAAGCAAGAGUGAAAAUCAUUCGACUGCGACUUCAUUUGAGAAAAAUAUACGUUGUUUUUUUCUUUUAGUCACACCUGAUAAGAGGCCUCCCCUUUUAUAAGAAUCUCUUUUAAUCAGUGUCUUCGUUUGUUGGGGGAAGAAAUAGACUUAUUUUUUCCUUUUUUGCACUUUUGUAUUUAGGUAAAUACAAUAAAUGUGUGAAGAGA